UUGACGGUCUGUCGAAUAGUCGAUCUUUCCUCAAUCUUUCAAAAUGGUGCUUCAUUCUCGCGGGUUUCUUUCUAAAUUAAAUCAAUUAUUGUUAAAAUGAACACAAAUUAAAAGUUGUCAAGUAUAAACAUAUUGGCGCAGUUCGAUAAAAUUCUAAGUGUAGUGCUGUACGUAUAAUUUUGAGACUGAAAUAAAUUCGUAUGCAACACAUACAAAAUCAGAUUUCGUCUGUGAUAUAAAGAUCUGAAUUGUUAUUUACGGUGUCUUACAUGAUUUAAGAUGGUUACUGAUCAGUUGUAGCGGGAAGGAGAUGUCGAGCCAGGCCGGAGUCAAGCAUGUCGCUACGGAGCCGUCGCGUGUAGACAGCAAACGUGAGCGACGGCGUGGCGCGUCAGGUCGAGCAGCGGCCUUACGUCGCGCACCAUCCGAUUCUGAUUGUUCAGGCGAGACGGCGUCCCUCUCAGCGGAUUCUGGAGACCGAUCUGUACGACCAGCGCCUCCACCGCCUAGGAGUGGAAAGACAAGAAGUCGACGUCGUGGCAGCGAAUGGGAAGUACUCGAAGGGCUGAAGGACGGACAACGAUUCGACAAGCGGCCCGAGGUCUUUAACGGUUAUUUGCACAAGAAACGAAAGUGGCCCCUCAAAGGAUGGCACAAGCGUUUCUUCGUAGUAGACGGCGGCAUAUUAGUCUACGCCCGGUCCCCCACAGACGUGGCGAGGGGGCGUCUACACGGCUCAGUGGAUGUCGGUUUAUCAGUUAUAUCGGCGAAAGCGCGCAGGCGCAGGAUAGAUAUAGAUGCGGACGAGUUUAUAUACCAUUUGAGGGGGAAAACUCCUGACGUUUUUCGUACUUGGUUGAACGUUUUAAAGGCACAUAGAUUAUACAGACAGCAUUUGCUAACAUUCGGUGCGCGUGAGUCUGUGCCCAAGAUCCACGCUCCCAAUGACGAUCCUCCCCCUACUGACACUUCUUCUCGGCUGGUUAGCCCCACUUCGCCCCCUAUCCGCGGCCCGCAAGCUGGCUUCGUGUCGGGAACCCCCGGAGGACGGCUUGCUGGUUGGAUUAUUGAGUCCGGUGGUCCUCUAGACACGGCGUCUCGCGAGCUGGGUCAGGCGCAGCUGUCCGUGCAGCAGCUUCAACGACUUCUGGAAGCGCUGGAGCUGCAGCAGCAAGCGCACCACGAUACCGAUGUAUCCAUAGAAGGUGCAUCGCCAAACGUAAAGAAGGACCGCCGCAAGUUCGGUCUGCGCAAAAAGAAAUCCAACAGCAAGUGUGCGUCCGUAGAACUGGCUCCCCCCCACAUCGACCCGUCGAACUCACACAUGGCGCUGUCGGCGCUCACGGCGCCGCCGUCCCCCGGGGGCGGGGCCUCCUCUAUCCCCGCCUCCGCCGCUUCGCUUCCUAUCGUGUUUCUAUCCACAUUUCUGGCCUCUGCCUUAGUUCCUUGUGCAGCAACUCGUCCUCAAUCCCUGCCUGGUGCGGAAGCUCUCAACGCACCCACGAGCCUGAGCAGUCUGACACCCGACCAGCAGUUGCGGGAAGACUUCACGGUUCUCGCUAAAGAUUUAGUGACUAGUCUCAAAAGCGUUGUGUCUACUCUGGUGCGCGAGCGCGGCCGCCUGCGCGCGCACGCGGGCGACGGCGCGCCGCUGCUGUCGGCGCUGCGCGGCGACCUGGCCACGGCGCUGCAGCAGAACUCGGUGUUGUCCGCAGAGCUGCGCUCGCGCCUGUCGCGCAUCCACGACGCGUCCGACCUCGCCGAGCUGUCGUCCGUGGGCCACGACUCCGACGUCACCGCGAACCGUCAGUUUCAACACUCGCUCAGCUACAGCUCGUCAUGUGUGUCCGCUUCAGAAUUCUUCGACGCAGAAGAACACGAUGACAUCAAUAAGAACGAUAUUCUGAACGCUGACGAGGUAACAAUCAAGGCGGGAGUCAUAGAACUGGACGGCGACUCGUCCUCCGAGGCCGGCUCCAUCAGCAGCGAGGAGGGUUCCGCGAGCUCCGACAACUCGGACGCUGCGAUGGUGUCGGCCGAGCGCGCGGAGCCGGCGGCGGGCGCGCACUGGACGCGCCGCACGCGCCUGCCGCGGCCCCGGCCCUCGCCCGGCGGGCCCAGCCUGUGGAACCUGCUCUACAAGAACAUCGGCAAGGACCUCAGCCAGAUCUCCAUGCCCGUCACCAUCAACGAGCCGCUCAACAUGCUGCAGCGCCUGUGCGAGGAGCUGGAGUACUCGGAGCUGCUGGAGGCGGCGGCGGGCGCGGCGGGCGCGGCGGAGCGCUGCGCGCUGGUGGCGGCCUUCGCCGUGAGCGCGUACGCGGCGGCGGCGCACCGGGCCGCCUCCAAGCCCUUCAACCCGCUGCUGUGCGAGACCUACGAGUGCGUGCGGGAGGACCGCGGCUUCCGCUUCGUGGCCGAGCAGGUAUCCCAUCACCCCCCCAUCUCAGCUUGCCACGCUGAAUCCCCUCGCUGGGUAUUCUGGCAGGAGGCCCGUAUCAAGACGAAGUUCUGGGGGAAAUCUAUGGAGUUCCAGCCGGCUGGUCGCGUUCACGUCAAGCUGUUGACAACGGGAGAUCAUUAUAGUUGGAACAAGGUGACGACGUGCGUGCACAACUUGUUCGGAGGCCAGCGGUGGGUGGACCAGUACGGAGACAUGCACAUCACGUGCCACGGGUCGGACAUCUCCUGCAAACUCAACUUCAUUAAGGCGAGUUCGUGGUCCAGUACCCGGCACGAGGUCCGCGGAGCCGUGACGGAGGCCAGCACUGGUACGAGGCUCAGGCUAGCGGGUCGCUGGUCCGAAGCCCUGUAUGCUGGUGAUCCGCCCGCAGCUAAAUGUCUGUGGAGACCUGGUGCGAUGCCGGCCGAGCACGAGCUGUACUACGGGUUCACACGCUUCGCCAUCGAGCUGAACGAGCUGGAGCCCGGACUGCGGGAGCUGCUGCCGCACACGGACACCAGGUUCAGACCGGAUCAACGUGCGUUAGAGGAGGGAGACGUGGAGGCAGCGGAACAGUUCAAACAUCAGCUGGAACAGGCGCAGCGGGAGAGGAGGCGAGACUCGCCUGAACAUACGCCAUCUUGGUUCCGGUAA